AGCGGCGGGCGGCUGAUGGCGGAGCUUCUUGGCGUGUUCAAUGGGCUGACGGAGCGGAUGGGGAAGGACAUGGCGACCUCGUCGUCGUCUCGGCUUCUCUUCCGCGCGCUCAAGCUGGCGCUUCCUGCCCUCCGCGACGGCGGCGAUGCUGGCGGCCGGGCCGUCUCCCGUGCGCUUCUUGUCGCCGCCUCCCUCGCCGACCUCCAGAUGGACGCCGAGGUAAUCUCGGCUGGCAUAGUGAGGGAGGCCUUGGACGCCGGCGCGGUGGCCAUGGCCGACGUCGAGGCGCAGCUCGGUGCCAGCGCCGCCGGUCUGGUGGAAGAGAGCCUCAGGGUGAAGCGCGCGCCAUCGCGGGUUGAUGUCGCCGACGAGGAGGCCGCGAGCGCGGUGCGGAAGCGGUGCCUCUCGAGCUACGACAUCCGCGCCGUCAUCCUGGAGCUCGUCGUCAGGCUCGACGCCAUGAAGCACCUCGACGUCCUGCCCAAGCACCAGCAGCGGACCACCUCGCUGGAGGUCCUCAAGGUGUACGCGCCGCUCGCGCACGCCGUCGGCGCCGGCGAGCUGUCGCUCGAGCUGGAGGACCUCUCCUUCCGGCGCCUGUACCCGCAAGCCUACGCCCACAUCGACCAGUGGCUGAGCAGCCAAGAAGACGACUGCAAGCGCGUCAUCGCCGCCUCCAAGGAGCAGCUCCUCCACGCGCUCACCGCCGACGACGAGCUCCGCCGCACCGUCGACGGCGUCGACGUCAAGGGCCGGUACAAGAGCCGGUUCAGCACCAUGAAGAAGCUGGUGAAGGACGGCCGGCGGCCGGAGGACGUCAACGACAUCCUCGGAAUGCGCGUGAUCCUGGACCCCCGCCCCGACGGCGGCGGCGGCGGCGACGGCGACAGGGCUUGCCGGAGAACGCACGAGGUCAUCCAGGCCAUGUGGAAGGAAGUGCCACGGAGGACGAAGGAUUACAUCACGCGUCAAGACGUGAGCGAGCCGGCGCCGGACGGGAAGAAGAGACCGUUGAUGGAGAUCCAGAUACGCACCAGGGAGAUGGACAUGGCCGCCGUCGGCGGCCAGGCGUCGCACGCCCUCUACAAGGGCGGCCUCACCGACCCCGAGGAGGCCAAGAGGCUCAAGGCCAUCAUGCUGGCGGCGGCGGAGGUAGCGGCUCAGCACCUCCGCGACGAGCCCGCCGCCACAGCCGCCAUUGUCGGCAGCGUCGACCGAGCUUUCCGGCAGCUCGACAAGAACGGAGACGGGAGUAUCAGCAUGGAGGAGCUGGCCGAGAUAAUGGAGGACCUCGGCGCCGGCGGCCACGACGCGGAGGAGCUCAUGCGCCUCCUCGACGCCAACAGCGACGGCUCACUCAGCUCCGACGAGUUCGCCCUCUUCCAGCAACGGGUUGAGCUGAAGGCGAAAUUGGAAGACACGGACGAUGAGUACAAGAAGAUCCUCAAAGAGAAGCUGCAGACUGUCGACGACACGGGACUCAUCCACGUCUACCGCAAGGAGCUCAGUGACAAGCUGGUCGCCGCCUGAUCGAUCGAGCUGCCAAUUUAAUUUGAUGCUUUGAUUAAUACGAGCGAUCUUAAUUCGUCCUCAUGUGCCUUUUUUUUAAAAAAAAAUGGAGAUUUGUCUUGUCGUUUCACAUGUGCACCGUGAAAUGCACAAAAUCCACGUUUCGUUCUUGUGCUGAAUUAGUCAAGUUCCAUAAGUCGAUUGAUAACAAUUUGGGCGUGAAAUUGAAGUGUAAAUGU